GACUGAAUGAAGUGUAAAACUAUAAGUUGUCGUCAUGUCUUCAUUAUAUUGGUUUCUCUUGUUACUGCUUGUGGCUAGCCUGCUCUCUUUUAGCAAUGCAAGGCCUCAUCUUGGAUGUACUGGUAUACGGUAUCGCAGAAGAUGUUCCAAAACUAAGAAUGUUGUGCGCAGAUCUCACCAGAAGAAACACUCAGUACAAAAACGUUUUAUAUCCAACUUUUCUGAAGAUGAUAUUCAACGAAUUAUGAAAGAGAUUGAAGAUGAAAUAAGAAGCAAGGAGAAUUGAAAGAAAACAACAUACUUUGAAAUGGCGUAGGCGUCGUUGCCUAUAAAAAUUUCGCCAAUCAAGAACCAUCAUCGAACGCAGAAAUACUAAAUGUCUUAAAGUUUGUUCGUCCAGGGAAUGGUUUCCAACCGAAGAUGGAUAUUUUUUCUAAAGCAGACGUAAAUGGUGCUUCGGAAAUCAAAUUAUUUUCCUGGUUAAAGAGCGUUUGUCCAUCACCAGUUGACGUGUUAUCAUCUUCCAAUACAGUACUUUGGAGUCCAAUUCGUAAAACAGAUAUUCAAUGGAAUUUUGAGAAAUUUCUGAUCAACCACAAUGGAGAACCAUUCAAAAGAUACUCUGCUGAUACUCCACCGUUGACGAUGGAAGAAGAUAUAUAUGCGCUAAUUGAGCAAUGUAAGAAAGAGAAAUAUUAUGAAGGGGUCCUGACAAAUUAAAGCUAAGGCAGUGCAUUUAUCUAAACAAAAUUUUCAUGAUACAAAAAAAGUACUUCACUUGAAAUAGUUAUGGAAAAAAACAUGUGUAGCCAAUUUUACAUGCUCUGGGAAGUCGGUUGACCACGUUUCUUUUUCUGUUUUUACAAUUGCAUUUUCAAACUUAAAGUUACUACCUACUAACUGCCCCGUUGUAUACUUUGACUUUAGUAGCUUUUAUACGGACCAGAAAUGAGGUUUCAAAACCGCAGUGAAAUUUCCCUCGUAUUUACAUGGAACUUUUUAUUUCGAAGAUGUGAAUUUUGUUUAGGCCAAUCAUUUUUACAAAAUAUUUUGAGAGAGAGAACAACAUGACACUGAAAUGAAACUUCGUGUGAAGGCUAACUUAGAAACUUUCGCGGGAAAAUACGCAUUUAAGAAAACAAGAAAUAGAACGAAACAGAACUCAGUUUCGCGGUAGUAUAAAGUUUAUAGCUAUGAGAUAUAUAUAUACCUCUAUGUUUAUAACUAGUCCUAAUUCUUAAGCUAGGUUUAUUGUGUCAAAAAUGAUUAAGAACCUGAUCUAAAAUUCGCAGUUUUAAGAAAAAAUCCAAAAUAUAAUAAUAAAUUUUUUUGCUGUUUAUAUGAUCGUCGUUUGUUAAAUUAAUAAAGCAAUUGACUUGAUGCUUGUGUAAAUUACAGACCGGAUUUUGUGCAUUUAUACGGAAUAUAAUAUUACAUAAAUGACAGUAAAAAUAUAAGUUAGAAA